GGACUUCUUGCCUCUGAGAGCUGGAUAUGUUGAGAUUAACGUAAAGGAUGGAUCUAAUAAUAUCUGUUUUGGGGAUCCUGACGCUGUUACUGGAGGGCAUCAGUUGCCAAGGAGUGUACGCGCCCCCUACGGUCCGCAUUGUCCACUCGGGACACGCCUGUAACGUUGAGGAAGAGCGCCACGCGGAGAGGGUGUACACAAUCCGGGAGGGAGAGACGCUUGAACUCACCUGUCUUGUCACAGGACACCCACGGCCACAGAUCCGAUGGACCAAGACAGCAGGCAGUGUGUCUGACCGCUUCCAGGACUCGAGUGUGUUUAACGAGACGCUGCACAUCACCAAGAUCCAGAGACACCAAGGGGGACGCUACUACUGCAAGGCUGAGAACGGCCUGGGCUCCCCGGCCAUCAAGUCCAUAAGGGUCGACGUCUACUUCCUGGAUGACCCUGUAGUGACGGUGCACCAGAGUGUAGGAGAGGCCAAAGAGCAGUUCUACUAUGAGAGGACGGUGUUCCUGCGCUGCAUGGCUAACUCCAACCCCCCUGUCCGCUACAGCUGGCACCGCGGACGAGAUGUCCUCUCACAGGGCUCUGACAAGGGAGUGGAGAUCUACGAACCAUUCUUCACACAGCUGCAGGGGGAGACAAAGAUCUUGAAGCUGAAGAACCUUCGUCCUCAAGACUAUGCCAACUACAGCUGCAUCGCUUCCGUUCGGAACGUCUGUGGCAUUUCAGACCGAAACAUUGUCUUCAAACUCACCAACAAGACAGUGUCUCCGUCCAUCAAGCUGCUAGUGGAAGACCCCAUCGUGGUGAACCCUGGCCAGACGGUGUCCCUGGUAUGUAUCACUACGGGUGGGGAGCCCAAACCAACGCUGAGCUGGGUCAGCAGCUCCGACAGCCUGCCUGAGAAAAGUGUGGUAAAGGGUGGAACACUCACCCUGCCGGCCAUCACCUCAGACGAGGCUGGUGUAUACAGCUGUCUGGCCACUAACAACGUGGGCAACCCGGCCAAGAAGUCUACCACGAUAGUGGUCAGAGCGAUGAAGAAGGGCCGUUUCUGGAUCACCCCUGACCCCUACCACAACGACGACAACAUCCAGAUCGGUCGUGAGGUCAAGAUAUCCUGCCAGGUGGAGGCCACGCCCCCUGAGGAGCUGACGUUUGGUUGGCUGAAGAAUGGGCGCGCCUUGCGGAGCUCUGAGCGAAUGGUGAUCACCCAGACGGACCCUGACACCUCCCCUGGCACCACCAACCUGGACAUCAUCGACCUGAAGUUCACUGACUUUGGCACCUACACCUGUGUGGCUGCGCUGAAGGGAGGGGGCAUACCUGAGAUCAGCAUAGACGUCAACAUCUCCUCCACUACUGUCCCUCCUCUGUUUUUCUCUUUCUUAGUUCCUCCCAACCUGACAGUGCCGCGGGGUAAGAGCCCCCUGGUGGUCCGGGAGGGUGACACGGUGGAGCUCGAGUGUCUGGUUUCAGGGAAGCCCAAGCCCAUUAUCCUGUGGUCUCGGGCCGAUAAGGAAGCGCCCAUGCCGGAUGGGACCCUGCAGGUGGAGAGCUACGACGGGGUGCUGCGGAUUGUCAACGUGUCCAGAGAGAUGACCGGCUCCUACCGCUGCCAGACCAGCCAGUUCAAUGGGUUCAACGUGAAGCCCAGGGAAGCUGUGGUGGAGCUCAUCGUACAAUACCCUCCGUCGGUGGAGCCUGUUUCAUUGGAGAUGCGUCAGGGCCUGGGCCGGCCGGUGGCUAUGAACUGCCGGGUCCUGCGUGCCCACCCCUCCCGGGUGCUGCGCUACGAGUGGCGGCUGGGGAACCGCCUGCUACACGCUGGACACUUCGACCAGAGCGAUGAGACGGAGUACACCGUCAAAAGCCUCAACCGCGAGGGCUGGGGGGAGUACACCUGUGAUAUCAUCAAUGAGGCCGGUGCCGGGCGCUGCACCUUCUUGGUAACAGGGAAAGCAUAUCCUCCAGAGUUCUACUACGACACGUACAGUCCGCUGUGGCAGAACCGGCCUAGAGUCUAUGGCUUCAAACUGCAGUGGACCCAGAUGAACCCCAACGCUGUGGAUCGCAUCGUGGCCUACCGCCUCGGCAUACGUCAGAUGGGACAACAGCGGUGGUGGGAGCAGGAGAUCACUGUGGAAGGAACCAUCACCAAGGGAGAGCUGAUCACACACAACCUGACAGAGCUUAUCAAGCCAGAGGCCUAUGAGGUGCGCCUCACCCCCAUCACACGCUUCGGAGAGGGGGACUCCACCAUCAGGAUCAUCACCUACAGUGCUCCCGUCAACCCUCACCUGAGAGAGUUCCACUGCAGCUUCGAGGAGGAGCCCAUCUGCAUGUUCACACAGGACAAAAAUGACGACUUCGAUUGGACGAGACACAGCGCCGCCACCCGUGACACCAAGUACACACCCAACACCGGGCCUAGCGGUGACCGCAGUGGAUCCAAACAGGGUUUCUACAUGUACAUCGAGACGUCCCGGCCUCGGAAGGAGGGCGAGGUAGCAAGGCUGGUCAGUCCUUUCUUCAACGUGGCGCCCAAGAACCCGUACGGCAUCACCAACCCCCCGGCAUACUGCUUCGGCUUCUUCUUCCACAUGUACGGAAAACACAUCGGGACCCUGAACGCGCUCCUGAGACAGAAGGGUCAGGCAGCAACAGAGGAGCCCACCUGGUCACUGAGCGGUAACCAAGGCGACCACUGGAAACAGGCCAAAGUUAGCAUCCACCCAACCGCCUCUUUCCAGGUGGCGCUGGAGGGUAUCCGAGGUCCUGGUAUUGAGGGGGAUAUCGCUAUUGAUGACAUCACCCUGGAGGAGGGAGAGUGUAGAGAUCUACCGGCCGUUAAUCUCAGAUCCGCUGCCCCGUCUACAUCUGCCCAUAUAUGGCUGCUGACUGUCACCUUGGCGAUGACAUUCCGGUGGGGUCAUAGGUGACCCUGCCCUGCGCCAUCUGGCGGAGGCAAACGGGCCGAACCGGUCACGGGCCCGACCUCGGCCCUGGUGUCUAUGUUAUUGUACCCUCAGCAUCCAAUCACCAAAGAUUCAUGCAUUCAGAAGGCGGCGGCGAGGGAUUCCAAACACAGACCACCAAGAGGGACGAAAAUCUUUAAAACAGAUGAAAAAAAGGAAAAAAAUACCACAUAAAACAUAAUAAAAUAAGCUCCGCAAUUUUUUUUAAAGAGACAACUUUUCCAGAAAAUUGCUCCCCAUGCGCAGGAUUGUGAGCACUGUUACGAGAGAGAAGCACAGCCAGGUGUUGAGACGCCUGGACUUUAGUGAGAGUGUUCACAAGCGCAGCGGGAGAACUAUUUGUAAAGCACAAGAACAAUUUUGCCAAUCAGUUAGGAAACUUUAAUUGAAAGGUAAGUGGGAAUUGAGACAUUGGUGACUUUUUGAAGAACAAAAUGACUUUUCCCCGGCUUAAAAAAAACACAUGGAAUCGAAGCUUUUCUCUGUCUGUCUUAUCUUUUUGGAGUUGCACCUGAUACACAUCAAGAACAAUUUUCACUCUGCCCAGCCACCCUGACCUUCACACCUUGACAUGUCUCUCUCUCUCUCUCUACUUGAUGCUGUGCAGUAGAAAACAGAAACUCGGACAACAUUUAGUUAUCUAUCCCAGCUCUCUCUCCCCUCUUACCCAGUAGCUGCCUAAGUAUUUCACAACAUUGUCCUCACCAGUCCAAGUGGCCAACAGAGGGUAUAUGAGGCCAAGUAAGCAGGCCCCAGUCAGAUCCCAGGCAGACCCCAGGCAGGCCCCAGGCAGACCCCAGGCAGGCUCCAGACUCGGGGUCUGUAGGUUAGAUGGAGAGGAGUAGGAGAGAGAGUUGAAGAGGGGUGUGCCAUAGAGGUGGAAAGGUGUGGGGCAUAGAGGUGGAGAGGGGUGUGCCAUAGAGGUGGAGAGGUGUGGGGCAUAGAGGUGGAGAGGUGUGGGGCAUAGAGGUGGAGAGGGGUGUGCCAUAGAGGUGGAGAGGUGUGGGGCAUAGAGGUGGAGAGGUGUGGGGCAUAGAGGUGGAGAGGGGUGUGCCAUAGAGGUGGAGAGGUGUGGGGCAUAGAGGUGGAGAGGAGAGGUGUGGGGCAUAGAGGUGGAGAGUUGUGGGGCAUAGAGGUGGAGAGGAGAGGUGUGGGGCAUAG